GCAGGGUUUUUUCACACUUUUGUAAACAACAUGGCGACUCAGGGACUGGCCCUGUUAGCCAACUGAUAAAACCGGAUGAAUACUGUGCUGUCAAACAUUCAGCCUGUUUUUUAUGUGUGUGAUAAACGUCAGCGUUUCAUGUUAGACUGCAGUGAGGUAACACAUCGGGCACAUUAUUAAGUUCGCCCCCGAAACGAAAAAGAGCCGGACCGACGAGCUGUCAGGACUGUUUGACAGCUAGACGGUAACAUUAACGCCCCCUUCAGUCUAUGGGCUCUCAGUCCAGUUCUGGGAUGUCUGGUGGAAGGGGCUCUUCCAGUGGCAACCCAGUUGAGCAGUCUGAAGCAGGAGAAGCAAACCAGAGCAGCAGCAGUAGCAGCAGCAGCAGCAGCAGCCGAGGCCGCAGGACGGCUGACAGGCAGCCAGGAGACAGACAGCCAGCACCAGAGGAGGACGUUGACUUAGCAGAAGUGCUGGCUUACCUACUGAGGAGGGGCCAGGUCAGACUGGUCCAUGGCAGUGGAGCCACGGGGCUGCAGCUGGUCCAGUCAUACUCUGACUCUGAUGAGGACAGCGAUGGAGCCUGGGAGGGUCGACUGGGUGACCGCUACAAUCCACCAGUGGACACCCAGCCUGACACAAACGAGUUGGACCGCAGUGAGAUCCGAACUCAGAUCCUGUUGGCCACGGCCUCCUCUAACCUGAAAGGCCGACACAGUUUCACCCACAUGCUAACAGAGAGAGAACAAGGCAGGUGUAGAGGCUCCAGUUUUUCCCAUGGAGAGUGCAGUCGUAUCCGCACACAUUUCCUGCCAAACGAUGUAUCCCAUAAGGAUACAUACCAGCAGAAAGCCUUCUGUGGAGUGUACAGCGAGGAUGGCAACAUGUUCCUCUCUGCCUGCCAAGAUCAGAACAUCCGCUUGUACGACACCAGCAGGGGGCGCUUUCACCUACAGCAAACAGUGAAGGCGCGAGACGUUGGUUGGAGUGUGCUGGACGUGUGCUUCACCCCAGAUGCACAGCAUGUGCUCUACUCUAGCUGGUCUGACUACAUUCAUUUGUGCAGUAUAGAUGGAGACAGUGAAAACCACACCGCCCUGGACCUCAAUCCAGAUGAGAGGAGGUUCUGUGUGUUCUCACUGGCUGCAUCCACAGAUGGCAAAGAGAUCCUGGGAGGAGCAAAUGACGGCUGCCUUUACGUUUUUGAUCUUGAGCAGAAUAAGCGGACGUUGAAGAUUGAUGCCCACGAGGACGAUGUGAAUGCGGUGGCGUUCGCAGACAGCUCGUCCCAGCUGCUCUUCUCUGGCAGCGACGACGCACUGUGCAAGGUGUGGGACAGACGGACGCUGCGGGAGGACAGACCGCAGCCUGUCGGACAGCUGGCCGGCCACCGAGACGGCAUCACCUUCAUCCACAGCAAGGGUGAUGCCCGCUAUCUGAUCAGCAACUCGAAGGACCAGUCCAUCAAGCUCUGGGACGUCAGGAAGUUCUCACCGAAAGAGGGGCUGGCAGCCUCACGUCUGGCUGUCACCCAGCAGAACUGGGAUUACCGCUGGCAGCAGGUUCCCCAGAGAGCCCUGAAGAGACACAAGCUGACAGGUGACACCUCAGUGAUGACCUACCGCGGUCACGGCGUUCUGCACACCCUCAUCCGCUGCCGUUUCUCUCCAGAGUUCAGCACAGGGCAGAAGUUCAUCUACUCUGGCUGCUCCACUGGCAAAAUCAUCAUUUAUGACAUACUGACGGGUACCGUGGUCUCCAAACUGUCAGGCCAUGAAGCGUGUGUGAGGGACGUCAGUUGGCAUCCGUACGAGGACAACAUCAUCAGCAGCUCUUGGGACGGAGCCGUUCGAAUGUGGGUGCACAAACAAACCCGUCCUCUAGAGGAGAGAGAGAGGGAGAGAGACUGACAGACAGACAGCAGGAGAAAGGCCUUGAGACAGCGAGAGAAGAGUAACAGGAACCGAUGUCAGAGGAAGUGACAUCAUCACAGAUGGGGGACGAGGCCAGCCCAAACGGAGGAAGGCAAUAAGCUAACAAAGACUGAGAGACACUUAAAUAUCUUUUAAAUUCAAUGCUGGAUAUUAAUGAUUACAGUUAUAGCGUGGUUGUGAUGUGUUCAUUUGGAAGGCAUUGUAGCCUUACAUUGUCAAAUGCAGAUUAGGGCACAGUGGGAUGGCCUACUUGUUUGCUUUUUUUUUCCCAUUGUCUUGCGCAAAAUGAACAGGCCAAAGCUUUUGAAUUUGGCCUGAAACACUUCACGCCAAACGUGCUGAAGCUCAAAAAUGCAAAGCACUGCUUAAUGAGCUAUUGAAAUUUAAUGGUAAGUUAGUUAUAUGAAUAAAUCAAUGUUGGAUAUUGCAGGGAGAAACUGAUGAUGAUAAUUCUGUACAAAUGUAUAGUAUUUUAAUGGUAUGUGUGUUCAGGGAGUGUUUAGGUUGUUGUCAGCGUGCUGAUUUGGCAUCAGUUUUGACUUUCCUGGUAUGAGUAACAUAAGCUGUGUCCCAUUUCAGGGGCCGUCUGAUUCAAAGUCCACAUUCAGAGACCAAAUAUAUUCUAAUAAUCCAGUACAUUAUUUGUCAGUUGCCCUAAGUCACAACUUCUAAACCUGGCUAUUAUGUAGCUUUCCUGAGUUUACCAUUGGUCCACCACUUGGUCAACUUCAUGGGGU